UUAUAUACCGUACGUAUAGCAAAAAAUACAUAUACCAUACACCAAAAUAUAUAUACAAAAAAUAAUAAUAAGUGAUGAGGUAUUUUAGCUCAUGCCAUGAGCAUGACAAACAGGUUUGUUGCUAAUCCACAAAAUGCUCACUGGACUGCUUUGAAAUGGGUGAUGAGGUAUAUAAAAGGUACAUUGAACACUAGUUUAACUUAUGAUGGCACUAGCAAAUUUAAGGAAUUAGUGACUGGUUAUGUUGAUUCAGAUUAUGCAUGUUCUUUAGACAUUAGAAAGUCAUUAACAGAGUUUGUUUUCACUGUCUUGGGGAUGUGUUAAUUGGAUAUCUAACCUACAAAAGGUUGUUGCACUAUCUUCUACAGAAGCAGAAUAUAUGGCUGCAACAGAGCCAUUAAAGAAGCAAUUUGGCUCAAGCAAUUUGCCCAUGUCUCAUGAGAGAACUAAACAUAUUGACAUCAAGAUGUACUUUAUUAGAGAUGUGAUUCAAUCCAAAAUUGUCUCUGUAAGGAAGAUUAAUACUCAUGAAAACCCUGCUGAUGCUUUUACAAAGAGUUUGACUAAAGACAAGUUUAGACUUUGUCUUGACUUGCUCAACAUCAACUCAAACUAGAAUCUCUUACUGAGAUUCACAUUCAUUGGACAUUGGAAUCAAUUCUAUUGGUUACUUUUAUGGCUUGGAUUACCAUGUUGUUAAAGUGUACUAAACCAAGUGAAAAUUGUGGGGUUUAGAGCACCUAAACAACUAACUAACUGCCUUGACAGUUGGCAGUUAUUUCGGUUAGUAUGUGUCCUAACUAAUCUACUGCUAUAAAUAGAAAUUCUACAACUAACAUAAAGAGAGAGAGAGAUCAAGUUUGUGAGGGGUUGCACAGAGAAAAAAAAAUGAGAGCUUUAUUGAGAUGAAUUCUCUUCAAGUUUGGGGUGUUACAAGGCUGUUUAAGUUCAAGAUUUCGACAUCCUUUAGUGAGCUCAUUGGUAACUGGUGUGAAUCACCAUUAGUGUACUUUGUGUUCUUGACUCUCCAUUGUUGUAUAAGUUGUAAUUUUUUCCAUUCAAUAAUAAAAUCAUCACAAUUAAUAGAGCUAUUUCUACCCGGGAAUUAGGUCCAAGUUUUAUCUAAAACUUGUGACUGAACCUCGUUAUUUCUUGCUGUCAAUUUACUUUUUUUGGUUUAUUGUUUCCGGUUUAAUGUUUUAAGCCUAUUUCCUUUCUUGUAUUGUGUUCUUGUUUGUGUAAGAGUGCACAACAUGAAAUUAUAUGAAUAUAUGUAAUUAAACUUAAAUAAAUCUAUUUGAGUUUGUGUUCAUUAAUGAUCUUACUAAUAUGAUUUUUUUUAUUUUUUGGAAUAAUAAUAUUUUAUGACUUAAUUAUUUAUAUAUAUUGAAUUUAAAUUAAAUGUAAAUAUUCUUAUAAUAAUGAUAUUUCUAUGAUGAGAUGAUCAGAUAGUUAUGUACGUACGUGCACAAAGGAAGGCGCGGCACAAAAGAAUUAAUUAUCUUUUUUUUUUUUAAAAAAAAAUAUAUAUUUUUAAAUUAAGUAAUUAAAAAUAAUAAAAUAUCUAUUUUAAUUAAUCGAAUAAGAUAAGUCCUCAGUAUACAUGACAAUUUCUCUUUAUAAUUAAUUUUAUUUGGAAAAUUUAAAUAUAUACAUCUAUCUAUUCCUAAUGCGAUUUGGAUAACAAUUACUCUCUUAUAAAUAGAAUAGAAUUACCGGUUAGUUUCAUAAUAAUUCAUUAAUAAUCCGUAGUCAUUGUAAGUUGUGAAAUCGAAAAUAAAUUUAAUUAAGUUGAAGUGAUAGAAUCAAUUAAGAAUGGGUGGUGGUGCAAUUAUUGAUAGUAAUAAUGGGAAAGAAUAUCCUGGAAAACUGACAUGGAGAGUUGUAUGGAGUUGCACGGUUGCUGCAUCAGGAGGUUUAAUAUUUGGUUAUGAUCUUGGAAUUUCAGGUGGAGUCACCUCCAUGGAUUCAUUCUUAAACCAAUUCUUUCCAUCCGUAUAUGCAAAACAAAAUUCAAUGACAAUCUCAGAUGAUCAAUAUUGUAAAUUCGACAGCCAACUCCUAACACUCUUCACAUCAUCACUAUACGUAGCUGCUUUGGUAUCUUCCAUUGGAGCCUCCAAAAUAACUAGACUUUUGGGAAGAAGAGUCACUAUGCUUUGGGGUGGAAUCCUCUUUCUUAUUGGAGCAAUUCUCAAUGCAUCUGCCCAAAACAUUUGGAUGCUCAUUCUUGGAAGACUCUUCUUGGGAUUUGGCAUUGGUUGUGCUAAUCAGUCUGUCCCAAUUUAUGUCUCUGAGAUGGCUCCAUACAAGUACCGUGGAGCUCUCAACAUGCUAUUCCAGCUUACCAUCACCAUUGGAAUAUUGGUAGCCAAUUUGUUAAACUACUUCUUUGCCAAGAUCGAAGGCGGUUGGGGGUGGCGCCUCAGCUUAGGCGGAGCUGCCGUGCCUGCUCUGCUAAUCAUAGCUGGAAGCUUAACCCUUCCUGACACUCCUAACUCCUUGAUUGAGCGUGGAAAACAGGACGAGGCUAAGGAUCAGCUGACCAAAAUCAGAGGAGUGGCCAAUGUAGAGGAAGAGUUUAAUGACUUAGUAAGCGCAAGUGAAGCUUCAAAGGAAGUGAAACACCCUUGGAGAACUCUUUUGCAAAAGAAGUACAGACCCCAAUUAGCAUUUGCAAUUGCAAUCCCAGCUUUUCAACAACUUACGGGAAUGAAUGUGAUCACAUUCUACGCCCCUGUUUUAUUCAAGACCAUUGGGUUUGGAAGCAGCGCCUCGCUCAUGUCAGCGGUCAUCACGGGCGUAGUCAACACACUCGCCACCUUCGUCUCGAUCCUAACCGUCGAUAAGUUUGGGAGAAGGACUCUGUUCUUGGAAGGGGGAGUUCAGAUGUUCCUUUGCCAAGUUAUCAUUACAAUUGGUAUAGCAUUGAAGUUUGGUGUGAGCGGCAACCCGGGCGUUCUUCCUAACUGGUAUGCAUACGGAUUGGUGUUCUUUAUCUGUGUCUACGUGGCGGGAUUCGCUUGGUCGUGGGGUCCGUUAGGGUGGUUAGUUCCUAGUGAAAUAUUCCCUUUGGAGGUUCGUUCAGCGGCUCAGAGUGUUAACGUGUCGGUGAACAUGAUCUUCACUUUCUGUAUUGCUCAAGUGUUCACAGCCAUGCUUUGCCACCUUAAGUUUGGUCUGUUUAUUUUCUUUGCGGUGUUCGUGGUGAUCAUGACUGUGUUUAUCUACAUGUUGCUUCCGGAGACUAAGGGAGUUCCUAUUGAAGAAAUGUCUAUUGUAUGGCGUAAACAUCCUUACUGGCAAAAAUAUUAUGAUGAUGAUGAUCAACAACACAGAGUUGUCCCUCAAAACUUGGAGAUGGUUUAAGUUAGAAAUGUUUUAAUUAUUAUUUAUUAAUCUUAUUUGAACAUUUAUUUAUUUAUUUGAAUAAUAGUUGAACAAUUAUUUUAUUUUCGUUUAGAGGUUGAUAUGUAGUACUUAUACAAUUCUAUAUAUUCGUCGGUUAUAUUUAGCAUAUAAUUAUCAAUAAUUCACUCAAAAUAAUAUAUUUUUGGGAAUAUUUUCUGGAGUUAAUGAUUAUUGUGCUUUUUACAUUUUAAUUUCGAUAUUAUAUAUUAAGGGCUGGAGCUGUUCAGUUAUGGAUUUUCACAAUAUUCAUCCAGUAAAGUAUCAUAUAUCAAGAAAAUUUUAAGUGAGAAUGUUAAAUUUUCACAAAAUGUACAAUUAUUGUACUCUAUUAUACGCAAGUAAUUAAUUUUAUACAUUAUUAGAAUUUUAAUGUAAAACUACAGUUAUUUUUGGUAAAAAGUUUAUAUUUUAAUAUUUUAUUUUAUUUUUAUUUUUUUAUAUUUUUACUGUAUUCUAUAAAAUCAGAAAAAAAUUUGUUACAAGAAUUUUAACGAACAAGAAGCAAGAGGAUCUUACAAAGGAAUUUAGUAGUUGGAUAAUUUCAUUAUUAGGGAAUUUGUGAUCAUUGUACAAGAAUUGGAAUUUGUAUAUUUACAAAUCAUAUAGUGCAUGUUACUUUGGUUAGAGAAAUCCAAGCACUGCUAGACUAAAAUG